AUGACGAUGCCCAACAAUGCAGAUGGAUCAGACAGAGGCACGUCAAUGCCGCCAUCGCUACCACCUCUCGCAAGUGAAGAGCUUCUUGCGGUUUUCCUGAGGACCACCAGCGAAUUCAGUGCCAGCAUAAAAGCUAUCAGCAAGCGCUUUGAAAAGGACAGCCAGACAACAAAGGAAAUGCUCACCGAGCUAUUCAAGCACAACAGUCAAGCUGUUUCCGUCACUCCAAGCGACUUCGAUAAAUCCCUCGAGAGACACGCCGCGUUGGCUCGAGAUGCAGCCAGGAUGCCUGAUGCAGACAGUGCCCGCGCACCCUAUUUUGCAGAAAGUCAUGAUCGGAUGAUGCUUCCUAUGCAAAGGAGAGUGUGA